UAGAAACGAAACCUCUUUGAAACUCGUCCCCACCCUCUUUGGCUCUCUCCCUCUCUCACAUCAAAACCCAAACCCACUCCCUAUUUUUAAGCUUUCAACCGUCUCUGUUUUCUUCCAUUUCCCCCUUCCUCACCUUCGUUUCUUCAAUCUUGAUUCCUCGCAAACCCGAAAGCUUCGUUACAGAAGAAACAACAACAAAACCCAUUCAUAGCUUUAAAACGAAGUUUUUUCCAUUUCCAUUUCUUUUCUGGUGAUGGAAGAGUCGCUUCGGAAACUGGCACUGUGGUACACAAGAACUUUCAAGCCCAUCAUGACUCACGACGAGCUGGAACCAAUCAUGGCCACGCUAGGUUUCGUCGGUCUCCCUGUUUCAUCAUCAACGUCUUCUCCGUCAAACGCGGGCGGUGGUGCCUGGAAAGAAUACGUAUUCUCCGCCGCUGAAGGUCGCCGGAAUCGGUCGCCGACUGAAGCGCUGCCGCGGCCGAGGCUUCCUUACCCAAGGAUCGACGGACUACACACUUGCACGUAUCGAGCCUUCGUCGAUGCUGUCGCCUUUUUCCUCGGGAAGAGUGAUAUCUCCGAUCUCUUCCACGUUAGGGGUAUGCCUCUACAUCGAGUUUAUGACCGGCCUUUCGAUAAGAAGUUCCGCCGGUUAGAGGAAGAAGAAGGGAUCUAUGUUUUCAGAGAAGGUACCCUGGACCAGGCAACGUUUUUGCUCUACAAUAGCAAUAACAAUAACAGUAUCAGCAGCAGCAACAACAAUGGUAACAUUAUCAUUACUAAUAGGACCAGCAAUCCCACCAUAAGCAAUCUUGUACCAUUGAAAGAUAUUAUAGUGUGAGGCUGUGAGCUUUCCCAACCCCCUCCCCCCCUUAGUAUCACUCUUCCCUCUUUGCUUCUUCAUACAAUUUUGAUAGUUAAACUAGGAUUGGACACAACGAUCGUUGGUUAUGACAUGGUGUAUGUGCAUUCCUCAAUGAUGUGUUGGUUUAUACUCCGUGCAAAUUACUUGAUCAGUUGGAGGAUAA